GCCAGCCCUUUUCCGUAGGAACCUUAAGUCGGGAAGAUCAGGAGAAGCCCUUGGCGAUUUCUUUUACUUGCCGGCCGCCCUAGCCUCCUUUGCCAUUUUAAAUGGGCCAAUCUCAGGCUCGCUCCUACUCGGGGUUCGGGGAGCGCUGUACCCCUCCGGCCGUUAGGAUCCUCAGCGCUCAGCGCGGGCCGCACCCUCCGGCCUGCCCCGCCCUGGGCAGCUGCAGGAAAUAUCCAUUCUAGCCACGGGCUCUCUCUGGGGCAGAGUUUUCCUCCUAGGGGCGCCCAAAAUGCUCGUGGCCGCCGUGGGGCCCCUCCCAGCCCGUGACCAGGAACUUGAUGGGCGGGGAUCCCCUGGCAGGCAGCUCACUCGGUUGCCGUCUCUGCCCGCUCUCGUGCCUCGGAGCUGACUUCUCGGCGGCGCCUGACUUGGGCUCUGCAGCAGCAAAGCCUGGCACGGAUCCCUCCCCCCUCCCUCCCCUCGGUUCUCGGCCCGAGCUGCCGCUGCCGCGGCCGUCGCUGUCCGAGGCCCGGCCGGGAGGAGAAGGGAGGCACUGACUCCUACAAGGCGGGGCGAGGGUACGGGCUUCCGAGGCUUUUCCCAUUGUCCAGGUCUGUCCCUGUUCUUGGAGUGUCAUGCUUCGCUGGGUGCGGGGCUUCGUGCUGCCCGUGGCGGCCUGCCAGGAAAACGAAGCCUACAAACGCUAUGAAAACCUUUUCAAGAAGUUGGACCGCAACAAGGAUGGAAAGGUGGACAUCAGCGAGCUGCAGGAGGGCCUGAAAACCCUGGGCAUCCCUCUAGGCCAAGACGCGGAAGAGAAAAUUUUCAGUGUUGGUGAUACCAACCAGGAUGGGCGGCUGGACUUUGAAGAAUUUAUGAAGUACCUUAAAGAUCAUGAGAAAAAGAUGAAGUUGGCGUUUAAGAGUCUGGACAAAAAUAACGACGGAACAAUUGAUACUUCAGAAGUUGUCCAGUCUCUGAAGAUCCUAGGCAUAGAUAUUUCUGAACGACAGGCAGAGAAGAUUCUUCAAAGCAUUGAUGCUGAUGGGACAAUGUCAGUUGACUGGAAUGAAUGGAGGGACUACUUUUUAUUUAAUCCUGCUGAAAACAUUGAGGAAAUAAUUCGCUUCUGGAAGCAUUCUGGGAUUGACAUAGGAGACAGCUUGUCUAUUCCAGAUGAGUUCACAGAAGAUGAAAAGAAGUCUGGCCAAUGGUGGAGACAGCUCUUGGCAGGAGGGAUCGCUGGGGCUGUCUCACGAACAAGUACAGCGCCUUUAGAUCGGCUGAAGGUCAUGAUGCAGGUCCAUGGUUCAAAGUCCAAAAAAAUGAACAUAGUUAGUGGAUUUAAGCAGAUGGUGAAAGAAGGAGGCUUCUGGUCCCUUUGGAGAGGAAAUGGUGUGAAUGUUAUUAAAAUUGCUCCUGAGACAGCUGUUAAAUUCUGGGCAUAUGAACAGUAUAAGAGCUGGCUGACAAAAGAUGGUGCCAAAUUAGGGACUGUUGAGAGAUUUGUUUCUGGGUCCCUGGCAGGAACAACAGCGCAGACAUUCAUCUACCCCAUGGAGGUUCUAAAGACCAGGUUGGCUGUAGGCAAAACUGGGCAAUACUCAGGAAUGUACGACUGUGCCAAGAAGAUCUUGAAGUACGAAGGCGUGGGAGCCUUUUACAAAGGUUACAUCCCAAACUUCCUUGGCAUCAUCCCCUAUGCAGGAAUAGAUCUGGCUGUUUAUGAGCUGUUGAAGAAUUACUGGCUAGAGUAUCAUGCGGAAAACUCUGUAAACCCUGGGGUAUUGGUGCUGCUGGGAUGUGGUACUUUGUCUAGUACAUGUGGCCAAUUGGCCAGCUAUCCCCUGGCUCUAGUCAGGACUCGCAUGCAGGCUCAAGCCAUGGUGGAAGGCGCACCCCAGUUGAAUAUGGUUGGCCUCUUUAAGAGAAUAGUUAGCCAAGAAGGGAUCCUUGGACUUUACAGGGGCAUCACGCCUAACUUCAUGAAGGUGUUGCCUGCAGUCAGCAUCAGCUAUGUUGCAUAUGAGAAAAUGAAGGAAACCUUGGGAGUAGCCUCGAAGUGAAGGAUGAACUUACAAAGCAGGACAGUAUCUGCGUGUUCCUCAUCCCUUAAAGUCACCAAAGGUCUUUGAGAAGAGAUGCGUCAUGGCUCCAGUGGGAGAAACAUAUCAAAUAGUCUCUUACCGUCAUUCUGCAUAUGUGAAAAUACAAGGAUGAAAUUAUAAUUUUGUUAAGUUCUUUAUAUGUUAAAAUGUUUGAUAUUCUCAGAGCUCUACUUGUCCUCUUGGCUCCCUAGGCCUUGUCUAAAAUGAUCAAUUAGCUUGAAACACAAUGGAAGAGAAACUUAUUUUCAAGAGUAAAGUUUUCAAACAUUCACUUUUUGGUCCGUUAGACCAAUUUAUGUUAUCUUUUGUAUUUGAAUGCCUUGAAGAUGCUCACCAGCUGGGUUUUACGUAUUUUGGGGGUAUAUUUUGAAUGUCUUUUGCAACCAUUAAGAAAAAAACAACAGCGCAUUUAAGCUAGUUUAUAGUAACUAAGCAAGUGGAGUUAUUUUUCUUUAAGCAAAAUAAAAACACAAGGGGAGAGUUGUCAAAGUGUGAGAAUACCUCUAUUUCUUAUAAUUAUGAUAUAUGGAAGAGUGAUGAAACUAUGCUCAUUUCACUGGUAACUUUUUGGCUUCGUUUGUAGAUGCUGUUAUGUUAAUAACACAUUUUAGUUCUCAUGACUAAAUUUGGAAAGGAAAUCACCAGUAUGAACAAAUCUGCUUAAUAUUAAAGGAGAACUCAGUGGGAAUACCCCAUGAUAUCGUAAAUUCCAGCUUUAGUUUAAAUCCAGUUUAAAUAUUCAAUUCUCAGUUAUUUUCUGGAGUGGAAACAUUUCUCCUUUGUUCAGUUUCUUUGCUGUUACUCCUCUCAACUUGUGUAGUUUGAGUGUGGAAAUGGUGUAUUUUUUAAUAGUUCUUCAAGAUUUAUUAGUGCUUUUGUCACAGCUACCUUGUUAACGUUGGUGGUGUAAGUCUCAUCAUUUUCAUUUUAUAGAAGUGAAAUGAUUCAUCCAAAGGAACAGAGGUAAUAAAUGACAGCUAGAAAUCCAUGCCAGUCUGUCUGAUGCCAGUCAGUCAUCUGUUCAGUUGAUGACCAGGCACUGUUAAGUUAUGGGAAUACAAUAAAAGGGGCAAAAAACUAUUCUUAUCCUCAAAGAGCAUACAUUCUUUUUUGGGGGUGGGUGGGGCGAUGAGGGUUAAGUGACUUGCCCAGGGUCACACAGCUAGUAAGUCUUGUGUCUGAGGCUGGAUUUGAACUCGGGUCCUCCUGAAUCCAGAGUUGGUGCUUUAUCCACCAUGCCACCUAGCUGCCCAAGGGCAUACAUUCUAAUGGAGAUGUGAUGGUAUAAGUAAUUAGAUACAUACAAUGUGUAUACAGCACAGAUAAAAAGUAACAAGAUGAGAUUGGAAAAAGAGGGUUUUUCCCACUAUACCCCACUGCCUCCCCAGAAACGAGCCUAUGUUAGUUUUCUAUAUGCCAAGUAAAAUUAUCCAUAUAUCAGAAGCAACAGAUGUUCUUGGCAGCUGAUUCCAAUUCCAGGUACAUUUCAGUGGAAUGUGGAUGAUUAGCUGUACAGAGAGAGAGAGAGACCCUGAAGCUGCUGUUACAGCAGCUCACAUCUGUGCUCUGGGACCUACUGUGAAAUUCCUUGUAUUUUAUUUCCAAGCCAUUCUUUGCCUGAAAGGAAGAAUUCCUAUUUCUAGCAUGGACUUUGGGGUCUGAAUUGUUUAAUACACGUGCAGCCAAUAGUUAAGCAUGGCUUUACAAAAUGAUACCUAUUUGAAAAGUAUUUUAGGGUAUAGUAACAUCACUAACUAAAAUUUGUGACCACAAAACUUUUUUUUUCCUGGUCAGGUUCUUCCCCCCACCCCGAAAUUUGAAUAAGAUUUAGAAAUACUAGUUAGGAGCUUAUAAUUAAGCUCUCCAAACUUAUAAAUAACAAGCUUGAGGAUUCCUGAUAGGAGGGUUUUUUUUGGGGGGGGGGGGCGUUGUUACAAAGCACCUACACAUGUGAACAAUCAAGUGCUGCUUAUAACUACUGUUUGCUAUUCCUUAGUCUACCUCCUGCUUCUCCUGAACCAAAGAGAGCAACAAGGCAUUUGACCCCUACUGAAUGCUUGGGAAAUUUGUUUUGAAAAGUAGUUUUCACACAAAAUUAUUCCUGCCGAAUGCUUACAUGUCUAGAAUAUAUACAAUAAGAGUAUAUAUUGUUGUGUCCUCCAGGGAUUUCUUGGUACCUUAGAAUAAUCCCGAAAUAAUUCAGCAGGCUACACAUUCCAGUCUUUAUUUUAGUCAUCCAACAGGAGGAUUGAUCAUUUUGCUAACUUUGACAUAUCCAUUUGCUGAAAAAGGGAAACUGUUCAGCUGUCACCAUUUGCUUCUAUAGAGAUUAUUUGAAAUGUGUAAGGAAUGAAAGCAAUUUUAUAUGUGCUUCCUCUUUCUCUUGAAAACAUCUGUUUACUUUCAUAAAAGCUGGAAUUUUAAGAUAGCCUCUUUCUGGCAUUGAACCAUGUAUUUCUAUUAAAA